GUCGCCUCGUGGAAUAAAGGUGGACUAACUCGCUAGUGUACACCUCGAUUCCAGACUGCGUCACUGGUGACGCACUCAGGUACGUAAACAUCAAGAACGAGACGCCGAUGAGUCUAUCUCUUUGCAUAAUAGAUAAGAGGUUGGAAGAAACAUAUCGAGAACGAAAGAAUGGCACGCGAAGGAGGUCUGAGGCUGCUCGGCUUGACAGUGAGCCCGUUCGUGGUCCGUGUACGCAUGGCGCUGCAGCUGAAAGGCAUCGGCUACGAGUACAUCGAGCAGGACCUGUUCACCAAGGGCGAGCUCCUCCUCGUGUCCAACCGGGUGCACAAGAAGGUCCCGGUGCUCAUCCAUGACGGCAAGCCCGUCUGCGAGUCGCUGGCCAUCGUGCACUACGUCGACGAGGUCUGGGCAGCCACGGGCCCCUCGAUCCUCCCAGCCGACCCCUACGAGCGCGCUGAUGCUCGUUUCUGGGCCGCCUACGCCGACAGCAAGCUCUUGCCUGCUUGGGUGGGCAUCAUGUGGGCGGCGACGGAGGAGGAGAAGGCUGAGAAAGUCGGCGACACGCUCACCGCCAUCGGCCACUUGGAGGAGGCGUUCGGCAAGUGCUCGAAAGGGAAGCCUUUUUUCGCCGGCGACUCCGUCGGGUACCUCGAUCUAGUGCUGGGUUCACAGUUGCUCUGGUUCGAGGCGCUGCGGAAGAUGUUCGGCGUGGUGGUCAUUGAAGAGGGCAAGGCUCCGCUCUUGUCCGCGUGGGUGAAGCGGUUUGGACAAACUGAUACAGCGAAGGAGGUGGUGCCAGACGUUGACAUAGCGGUGCAGUACCUGAAGAAGCUUCAGUCUCACCGACCAGGUUCUACAGUUGCCCAGUUGUUGUCGUGACAAAAGUUCUAUGCCAAAGACACUGAACCCCCGUCGGUGAAGAUAUAUGACACUGAACUCCAGUCCUGAAGACAUGGCAAUAUUUUUUGCUUCCAUCACAUUUCAGACCAUUGCCUGAACUGCAACUCAAUUUCAUAGCGGUGAUACUUAGGCGUAACCAGCAUCCAGCAAUGAUGGCACUUGCGGGAGAUUUUGGGCUCUAAGCGAUCACAGACUCACAGUGACAGCGAUGGCGAAGACACACGGAAUAAAAACAUUAUUAUCAGAAUUCAGAAAGCCAAACUAGCUGAGAUCACAAGGAGAUUGGAGGGAGCCAGGAGACAGGACCGCAGUUCAGAUAUGUGCAGGUCUACUCGUCAUGGGUAUAACCUCGUUACCUACACCUUGAGAGUGAUCUUGGUUUAAUUGUGCAUGGUAAUUAAAACAUUUUGUUUUGUGUACCAUGUACCACAACAACAUGAUCCAUUUUGUUGCGCUCCUUCCAGAUGUUCCACCAAGUGAGUUGAACGAGUGCUGUCCAGUUCUUCUGAUUGGGCUUCGGAUGCAUUCGUUGGGUGGUUAUUGGUUAACAGCCAGGACUCGAGUGAUUCAGUAUCUGGAGUCGGUGCAAGCUGGGAGGGCAGCUGGGCGGAGGUUGGCAAGAGCCUCUAACAAUUGAAGAAUGUUGCAGGGAAUGGGGGUCUCAAUACAACAGAAGGGACUGGAGACAAUGACAUUAACAACGAUAAGGAAGCAAUGCAUGACUCUGAAGAUAUAGUCAGUUUACUUGAUGAUGAUAUGUUCAUGAUGAACCGUCUAAUUCUCAGUCAAUGAGUUUUGGCACAAAACUGGGGAAUUCAGUCCCAAUGUCUCACAGGGUGUUAUAACAAACUGUUUUGGAAGAGGAAAAUUAACUUGGAGAUGAACAGGACACAAAGAGAAUCAAUAAAAUUUCCAUGAAUCUCACAAGAGAAAAUAAUCCGGAAAAAAAGGGAAAGGUACUUCUGAAAACAUGCCCACUGUGCUUAAUUCGUGUAAUUCUACUUUGAUGGACCUUGCAAAUUUAGUUGGGGAAGAUA